AUGGGUCCCCUUCAAGCGGGGAUGUUAAACUUCACCCAAAUAAACUAUCCAACACUGCCAUUGAUCAACCAGAACGCAACACCAUCACUGUCACACGUAAGGCAUCACGCUCGGAGUUCCAGUGUUCUAAAUUUUGAAGUUACCUCUCUGGAUAGAAACCAAAUCCAGAGUGGACCAGUCGAGCAAGAGGGUUUCAAAGAGCUUCCAUCUAGCACCGGUAAGCUCCGGCGGACGUGCCAUGAAUGCGGCCAGGAGUUGACGUCACUAAAAGACUUCAAGCGCCACCACACAGCUGUCCAUGAGAAAAGAAGGCCUUACCGUUGCACAAUCGCAGGCUGCAAACCUGAGGAUAGCCCCAAAGAUAACUGA